AAUAUUUCUUGUCAGUUGCCUGAGACAGAUGUUGUAAAUAAUGAAACAUGUGCUGCAGUGCAUAAUGUAAAUUCUCAAGUACAUCGUUCAACAAGCAUCUCCCCUGAUAGGAUUUUUAAUUCUCCUACCAAAGUUCUAAUGCGAAAAAUUCAUAGAGAAGAAGUAAAAUCUCUUAAAAGAAAGCUUCAUGUCAUAAAUUAUAUCCACAAGAAAGCAAAGAAGAAAAUUCGUGAUUUAAAAACUGUCUUAAAGGAAUUACAGAAACGAAACCUAAUAACAGAAGAUGAAGGUGACAUAUUGCAACAUUUAAAUGAAGGUACGAAAGAAUUAGUAAAACGUGAUAUAAGAAAAAAGAAACUCUUACCUAUAGCCAAGAAAUAUCCUCCUAAAUUACGUCAGUUUGCUUUAUCCCAGUGAGAAAUGACAGGUUGAAAAAACGUCAAAUCAACGUCUAAAAAACCAGUUGAUAUAGACGUCUAAAAUUUGGUCUAUUAGACGUUUUUGUGUCUUCUAAAUUAGACCACUAUUAGACGUCUUAAAGACGUUCAAUAAAGGUUUAUUAAACAACUAUUUGACAUUUAUGUAGACGUCUUAAAGACGUUCAAUAAACGUUUAUUAAACGACUAUUAGACAUUUAUGUAGACGCCUUAGAAACGUCUUAUAAGCGUAUUUAAACGUCUACUACGUUUACACGUCAUCAUUAAUUGGGUUUAGCAACACUCGUAGUUAUGAAACUGACCAAUUACAGUCAUUCCAUUCUUCAGAUGAAUACUUGUAAUUAACCAGUUUUAUAACUACCGAUGUUAUUAAACUCGAUUAAUGGUGACGUAUAAACGUAGUUUUAAUAACGUUUAUUUACAUUCGUUUCUAUUAAUAUACAGCUUUAAAAAACUUGUAAAAAUGAAUCUUGACUAAUCUUUUUCCGCCCAAUAGUCAGUAAAUAGUCGUAAAAAGCACAUAAAAUGAAACCAUUCAGACAAGAAAACACACAGUUGAACUAAAAUUUCCGACGUGGCAUUUAUAAAUAGAAUUUGAAUAAAAUAGAAUAACAAAAUCGCUUUAAAACACUUGUAAAAAUGGGUCUUGACUAUCCUUUUUCCGUCUGUCAGUAAAUAGUCAUUAAAAGUACGUAAAGUGAUGCCUAUUCAAACAGGAAAACACAUGGAUAUUGAAAGGAGUGAAAUAUGCUUUUAUAUAUUACUUCAAAGAAACUUUACUUGCGGUCCAUUCUUACAAAUUUGGUAAAUAUGAGAUAAGUCAAAUUUUCACAAUGGAAUAUAUAAUAAUGGAAUGACAUACACAACAUUUCGUCGUCAAUCUGUCACGUUUCUACUAUAGCUCUAAUUUUGUCCGCGACGAAACGUUACUACCGUCAAUACGGAGUUCUCGGUGAGGCGUCAGGAGUC